AGAUUAUUGAAAUUGGACAGCGUUGCUUUAUGAUCACUGGGAAAACACAAGGUGGAAGGUGCAGCAGCACCAGUUCAAUUCAUUAUGGCUGGUUCAACGCAUAAAAACAAGAGAAUUAUCUCCGUGGUAGCUGGAACUCUGGUUGCUCUGGCAUGUGGAACAAAUUAUGCAUAUUCAGCAUGGGCGCCCCAAUUCGCAUCCCGAAUGAAGCUAUCUUCGACGCAAAGCAAUCUUAUUGGCGCUGCUGGAAAUCUGGGAAUGUACGCAUCUGGUGUGCCAUUGGGUGUCAUGAUUGACGGUAGAGGCCCGCGUCUUGCCAUCUUCUUGGGGGCAUUGGCAGUUGGAGUCGGAUACUACCCGCUCCACGUAGCGUACGAAAAGGGCCAAGGGUCCAUCGCAAUGCCUCUACUGCUCAUCUUUGCCUUCCUUACCGGCCUCGGCAGUUGUUCCGGUUUCUCAGCGGCCAUAAAGACAGUUGCCUCUAACUUUCCCGAUCAUCGUGGAACGGCCACCGCUUUUCCUCUGUCGGCUUUUGGGCUCAGCGCAUUUUUCUGGUCCACGGUGUCGACUAUUACUUUCAAGGAUGAUACGGGCCGGUUCCUGCUCCUUUUGGCCCUUGGAACCUCCUUGAUGAUCCUUCUUUCGUCCUUCUUUAUCCGCAUAUACCCGAUCCCGGGCUCUUAUUCCUCACUACCAAGCCACGAGCCCGAGGCGAGACCAUUGCGUCGAACCAAGUCGACCGAGAGCCGAGUACUUUAUGAUGCGCCGGCUGAAGCAGGUAUGCAGAGUUCCGCUUUUGAACCAUCGACUUCGGGUCGCGCCCGAUCUCAGUCAAGAUCAUCCGUUCUGGGCCUUGCUCAAAACGCAGAGACGGAAGAGACCUCGUCCCUAGUUUCCAAGCUUGCGUCACAUCCAGAAAAUGAGUUGGACGAGGAGGAAGUACUGACAUCUGGUCCUGAAUUUGACACGCCGCAUCCAGACGUCAGAGGUCUUGCUUUGCUUCCCAAAGUUGAAUUCUGGCAAUUGUUCCUUAUUAUGGGUCUUCUGUCCGGUAUUGGGCUAAUGACUAUCAACAACAUUGGCAACAGCGUCAGGGCUCUGUGGAAGUACUACGAUGAUAGCGUCGACUCCAAGUUUAUCAUGCAACGACAGGUCAUGCACGUGUCUGUGUUAUCUAUCUGUAGUUUCCUUGGGCGUCUCCUUAGCGGCAUCGGUUCUGACCUACUGGUGAAGAAGUUGAACAUGUCUCGCUUCUGGUGCCUCUUCUUCUCCGCAGUUCUCUUCACCGUGACGCAAUUGGCUGGCUCAUCAAUCUCCGAACCCCAUGAGCUGGUCCUCAUCUCCGGGGCUACGGGAUUGGCGUACGGCUUUCUCUUCGGCGUUUAUCCAUCCCUCGUCGCACAUACCUUCGGUAUCAAUGGCCUUACUCAGAACUGGGGGAUCAUGACGCUUGCUCCUGUUUUCAGCGGCAACAUCUUCAACCUCCUCUAUGGUGCCAUUUAUGACCGCCACUCGGUAGUCUCUCCCGAUGGCGAGCGCGACUGUCGCGAAGGUCUGAGCUGCUACAAAGCCGCAUACUACACGACCUUCUUCUCUGGCCUUGCCGGAAUCGGAGUCACCCUUUGGAGUAUCUGGCAGGAGAGGCGUGUGCACGGAGCACGCCUUGCAAAGCCCAGCCAUGACCGUAUUGCUUGAGCUCGUCGCAGGAGCCAUCAAUAGUCGGCAGUGCCAACGGCUAUGAUUCUAGGCCUCACCCUUAUCCUCCGCACCCAUCCCAUAAAUCGAAUCAUACAUUAUCCGGGCGGAAAUUUCCUUACAUC